GGUAUAGCAAGAAAUGACAUGGCUACUCAGCCUAUCGACUGUCGGUGUAGAGGCGUCCAUAGGAACGACUUUGACUACAAAAUCUUAAUUAACCUUAACAACUCUGUUUUACGUCACUAAUAUCACCGGAACUCUGCUGCAAUCACCCACUUUUCGUAUUUAUUGCUGAAUUCCGUUUUUACAGAAAGAAGUAACUCAGUUAUCUGUCACUUUGUGACAAUGCUCAGGCAUGAAGUUCGCUUCACCCACAAGGAUUACGGUAAACAGGGCAGUGAGUUUAUCAUCGAACACCCGCAGAUACAUUUAUUCCGGAUGCUCUACUCUACUCCUUUCUUGACAUUUGCUGCUUAUUUGGUGAACCUUUCUGAAUGGGAUGACAGUAGUUUGUACAUAUUCUUCAUUAUACUCCUUGCUGUUUUUGUUAUCAAACUAUACCGGAAAGUUUUGACAGAAUCAGUUUUGUUUCUGACUGCCAUUGGUGUCCAGAUUGAAACAAAGUUCCUGUUUGGUCAUUGCACCACCAAAUUUAUUGACAUGACCCACAUCAAAGAUAUAGUCAUUCUUGAAGGGGUCAAAAUGCACCACAUCAUCUUUUAUUUAGCUUUGUUACUUCAGAAGCCAAACAAGGUAUGGAGUGGCAUACUACCCCUGUUCACACAUUCAUGGCCCAAGCUCUGCAUCCUUCAAACAUUGUGUAAAACUGUUCAUUCGAAAUUUCCAAACCUUGGCGCAUAAUGAACAACUGAAAGUAAUCAAUCACCACUAUUGCCUUCUCUGUUAACAUCUAGAGUCAAGACUCUAGUAAAUCUCUCAGGAACAUUGACAUUGUUUUCUUUUUGUUUGUUUUUAUACCAUCUGUAUUGAGUUUUCCUUUUCACUUCAAUUGUUUUUCUUUUUCUUUUUCUUUUUUAUACCAUCUGUAUUGAGUUUUCCUUUUCACUUCAAUAAAGAAGUUACAAAUAUUACGAAGAUGAAAAAGAUUACUUAUGCAUCAGUAAUUUAACCUUUCAAUAAAUAGAGAUUGAUAAAAUAAGUAUCAGACUGAAAUAAGUACUGGAGUUGAUGUGCCCAAAGACUGAAAACAGUAAAAGACUAUAAGAAUGUAUACUUCUGAUGUGUGUGUGUUGUUGCUAGACUUUACCAUUCUAUUUAACUAAACAUUUUGUGUAUCUGUUAUUAGCAUCAUAGUCUAUUCUCUUAUUGUCCUCCCCUGCACAUGUGUAUACCUUCUGACUAGAUUUUAAAUGAGUUCAAAACCAGUCAAAGGAAAUGUGUAUAUAUAAAAACAAGGUAUCUGAAGACAAUAGGGAAUAUACCAAUUGAAAUAUGGACAACACACACAAAAGCUCAAUUUGAUUUCCUUUGCAAUCAACUUUCUUCCAUGAUUUAUUGGUUCUUCAUUAUAACAGAAUGGUAUUCAUCUAGUCAUGGUCUUUGAUGCAUUUAUUUUUUAUUCAUUUUUCAAUUAUUGCAAGGUGAGAGUUGUAUUUUAUAGUGACUUCAUAAAAUGAUCAUAAAAUUCCCAUUAAAAAACAGUGGAAAAUAUUGUAGAGCAAGAAGUAAGCACAAACGUAUGUUAUAUUGUUUCAGUCCCCAUUUGAAGCCUGUCACAUUUACUUGUGUUAAAUUAAUGUUAACUAAGAGGGAAGUGAAAGUACUCUAUCAAUAUGUUACUUUUUUACCCAUGAAAAGCCAUGAGAAUAUGUCUUAAAAUCUUCACAUAAAUUUGAGGCAAUGUUUUAAAAGGACAUUUUGAAAUACCAAAUUACGGUUUUUUUUUGCGGGGGGGGGGGGUGCACUUGAAAGGAUACAAAAUAUUUCUCACAUAAGUUACAAGCACACAUGUAACCAAAUUCAUCUCAUAAUUCAUUGACCAGAUGGAAGAUUAGUCAACUCCUAUAUGAGAUGAGUAUUUCAUAACAUUUCUGUCGAGUUUCUGUGGCUCUUCAUUACAGUCAUAUAAAGUGAGUUAUGUAAAAUUGUCUAAACAGACACACACAGAAACAUCCAUCAGUUGAUAUGAACUCCUGACCUAAGGGGUGGUAAUUUGAAACCUUAUUGUGAGUGUAAGGAGAUUGCUCUCUCUCUCUCUCUCUCUCUCACAUUUACUCAGUACUACUGUAAACAGAAGUAAAUGUUUCUAUGCCCUUUAGCUUGUUAGAGGAGCACCAAUUGAAGAUUUCAUUUUGCAGUGUCUAUACUAUUGCUUGCUUGGUAUCACCCAUCCCUUAGUACAUGACAGUUAAAAAACUGAGCACACAAGUUAAUUUUUCUUUUUACACGUAUAAAUCAAGUGUAGUGGAACUGAAUCCAGUCGUAUGCUGUAUGGUACCUUGGGUAAGUGUCUUUUACCAUAACCCUAGGCCAACCAUAGCUUUGCAAGUGGAUUUGAUUGAAAGAAUCCUGUCAUAUAUGAAUGUAUGUAUAUGUUUGUGCCUCUUUGCCUUGAUAUCAUGGAAUAGUUGUAAGCAAGUGUCACUGUCAUACAAGCAGUGUUACUUGUUUCCCAACUUUCAUGAAAACAUAUCUAGUUGUGGGAUCAAAAUUACCCUGCUUGAAAACAAAUAUGGGUUGGCAAUAAGAAAGACAUCUGCCUCAAUGAAUUCCAUCUGACCCAUGCAAACAUGGAGAAGUGGAUAUUACAAUGAAGAUGAUGAUGACAAUCAUUAUUUUACAUUCAUUUUCUUAUACUGGCAUCAUUUGGACAGAUAGUCUCCAGCAAUCCAUUACUUGUAAUUCCUGUCAUCUCUAUGUGAGUUAACAUUCUGAGAUUAGCUUUCAACAUGUCUUCCUACAUUUUCUGUCACCUUUAUCUCCUGCAGGCUCUCUCUACUUAGAUCAUUAGGGACAUCAUUAAACUCACAUUCUUCAUAUACAUUGCAUCUCCAUACUACUGCAAUCUUCUUUCUCUCUUGGACAUUGCUCAUUUGUACUCUAUCAUUCAUAUAUGCCAACAAUGUAUUCAGUGGAGCAUGCUCAUCUCAUUUCUUUCUAAUCUCCGCACAUCCUUUGCAUCUAGUGCUCAUGUUUUACUACCACAUUUCACAGACAGUCACUAUAAAACCUGUUCCUUUAAAAAGAAACCUUUAUUGUCUACAGGGAUAAUAGUUUCCUUAAUAUUUUUUUUCCUCUCAUCCUUACUCUGGCUGUUACAUGUUUGCUUUACAUAUCUUCACUACAUAGGUAAAAGAAGCUGUCAACUACUUCUUGCAAACCUAUACAGUUGAAAUAAUUCAUGUCAUGAGUGAUCUUACUGCUGUACAUCUGCUGCAUAUUAAUUCUCUGUGAACUUGCUGUGACUUUUGUAUCUAUAGUUUACAUUGAUUGUCAGUAUAUAGAAUUUCUACCUGUUCUUUCGGUGUAUAUUGAGCAUGGCCAUUUUCCAGAUGAGUUACAUGUUCUAUCUUGUUAACUGAAAUGUUGUCUUUCCUAGGUUUAUAUUUAAACCCCUUGAUUCUAAGCCCUGCUUCCAUGUUUGGAACUUUUCCUCUAAUUUUUUUAAUGAUAAGGCUAUUAAAACUAGGUUGUUAGCAAGCAGGAGUUUAGUUUCCAGGUACAGCUGGUCCUAUACUCCUUUAUUACAGCAGAGGGAACAAUAAUAAACAAGAAAGAUGAGAACCAAGCUUUGGAGAACCCCAAUUUGCACACUAAAUCCCUUAUUGAAUUCAUUGCCAAUUCUUACCUUGCUAACAGCAACACUACUUGUCUUCCACAGCUUUUGCAAACCUUUUAUCUACACUGAGUUAGUGAUCACCAGACUACAAAGUGAGGUACUUUGUUAAAGGCCUCCAUGUUAAUGUAUGGUAGGUAUAGUGGCUAGCACUUAGCUAAGAACUUCUGUUCUUUGUAGAAGAAAAAUAAAUUAUAGUGCAUUGAUUUGUUAGAAAUUUUUUAAAUCCAGCAUUUCAGACACUUGUCCUUUAGAAAGUGACUGUUUUAAUUCCAAAGACAAAAUUGUUGAAUGAGAAAUGGAAAUAAGUGAUGGAAGUGUAGAUGUAGGGAAAGAGGGGUAAAAGUCAGUGUGAGCUGGCUGACAAGGAUGGAAGUAAAAUGAGAGGGAGAGAGGUCAAAUUUCAGAGUAUGAACUAUGUCAGUUAAGUGGGAGAUAACUAGGAAAGCAGGACAAAAGAGGCAAAUACAGACCAACAAGCUGGGCAGGAAGAGGAGAGAAAGAGCCAGUGAGCUGUCAGAACUAAAGAAUGUGAAGGAAAAGUCUUCCGGUUUUAAAGGAGUGGUUAGAAUAUUUAUUAAAAAAAACAAGUCUACAGAAAGGAUGUAAACAAGUACGUUAGGCUAAUUUUUAGAGGUGAUGGGGAGCUGGAGGUUUUAAAAAUAGAAUAGUAAGCAAGUACACUAACUGCAAGAACUACAUAUAUAAAAGCAUAUUUUAUACUGCAAUAUGAGCAAAUGCAGACUUCUUACAACACAAGAUGAUAAAUAGUUAUCUCUAUUUUUUAUUGUUUCAGUCAUUGCACUGGGGCAUUGCCUUAACGAGUUUAGUUGAACAAAUAAACCCCAGUACUAAGUUUGGUACCUAUUCUAUUGGUCUCUUUUACCAAACCACUAAGUUAUAGGUGUGUAAAUAAACCAAUACUGGUUGUCAAGAGAUGAAUUGGGGAACCAAAUUCAUUCACAAGGCAUUGGUUAGCUCAGGUCUGUAGUAGUAGACAUUUUCCCAAGGGGACAUGCAAUAAAGACUGAACAUGAAGCCAUGUGGUUGUAUAGUUAGCUUCUUAACCACACAGCCAAUGCAAACAAAUAAAAACUGUAAACAGAGAUGGUAUAUGAUACAUUAUUUUGUAAUCUACAACAUAGGCAAACUUCUUCCAGCUUUUUUCCUUGCUAGGUGUAUCUGACAUUGACCUCAACUCCAAUACCAACUGCUCACUUUUCCAGACCUGUUUUUUUACCUGAUGACAGUAUACAAUUCCACCAUUAUGUCACUCUCAGAUUGUUGCGCUUAGCAGGUUGUCUUGUCUCUAUGUCAAUCCUGUAUCUCCUCAUCAUAGGCAUUGCUUGGUACUACUUUGAACUUACAUAUGGCAAAAGAAUCUUUCAGUUUCAACACCUUUUUCUUGUUGGGUUUUCUAUCUUUAAGUUCAUGUAGUCCUUAUGUUGAGGUUAUUAUUCUGUGCUAUAUAGUACAGUCUUCACUUAGGAAAAAAGUAUUCACAGCCAAUUGCCCGUCUUGUUUUCUGUUAAGUAUAAAGUCUUUCUAGCUUGCAUAUUUGCUUGAGUGGUAGGCUGGCCUUUUAAAAUUUGUGAUGCAAAUGUUAAAGCACUUCUCAAAAGCUAAACCAAUUUGAACCCUUCUUUUUUUCCUUUUGCUACAGCCAUAGCUCUCAUGUACACUUUCAUACCCAUCCUUGUGUUGUUCAACAUGGCUAUUGAAAUCCCAAGCCACUAUUAAUAGGUCAUCUUCAAGAGUACCUCAUAGAAAUGGUUUAUCUGCCAGUCCUUGCUGUAGUACACAGGCAGAAGUUAUUUGCUAGUAUAUUGGCUGUAACUAGCCUUAGCUUCAUAAUUGUUACAUACUCUCACAACCUCAGUCUAUUUCUCUGCCAGAAAAGUAUUUAUAAAUACAUAUAUAUAUAUAUAUAUAUACAUAUACAUACACAGUUCUGUAAAAUAUGAUGAUAAUCAUUUUUCUGGUAUGCUUUCAUAAAUGAAAAUUUAUUUUUUAAAAAAUCUGAUGAUUUGAGAAGCAAACAAGCUUAGAUUGUCAGCUGAAGGAGGAGCAACAUGAAACUCAGAGUACUAGCAUUUUUGCUGAAAACUUAAGAUUGUUUAGCCCUUUUGAUACCUAUUGGCAUUUUUGCUGAAAAUUUAAGAUUAACUCUUUUGAUACCUACUCUCAUGACAUCGCUUGUAGUUGUAAAAGUAUGAACUUCCUAUUUUAAUGUGAUCUAAAUUAAAACUUUCUGUCAAAAAAAUUAAUUGAAGCAAAGGAAGUAUAUGCUAACAGAAAUAUGGUGACAAAAGAGUUGAAAUUUACCCCUCUUUCCAUAGAACACUAUCAUUAAGGGGUUUCUUAUGAUAUUAACAAACAAUCUGAUCUGUACACUGUAUUUCCCCUGAUUUGUCUUUCUUAUGUUAUUAACCUCUGGUUAACAGAAUUAAGUUAUUUGAUGAAAUAAAGAAUUUUUAAAUAUGCAACAUUAUUAACUAUAUAAUUGUUCUUUGACAAUUUUUAACUUACAAUUCUAAUAAUUGUUUUUCUUUUAAAUACUUUCCUAAACUUAAAAUUGUUAAAUGUUAAUUUUUUUAAAUAUUUAUUUCAUCCAUUAGUUUUAAAAUGUUCUGGUAUUUUCUAUUGGAAGUUAAAUGCUUUUUUGAAAUGUCACAAACUUGAUUGUUUCCUUUUAUUUGCAAGCAUAAAUAAAAUGUUUUUUUUUAUUAAAACACAUUCAAGGGUUCACUGAGUUUUGCAUGUCAGACAGAAAAGCUGUUUUAACUAUACAAGUGUAAUACACUUUCGAAAUGAAGUUGAUGAGUUUUGUUUUUAAGUAUGAUUCUCUACCAGUGUUACUCUCCUCUACUGUUCAAACAAGUCUGCAAAUAAAGCAUCUUUCUAAACAUUCCAA